AUGGACUCUAGAUGGCAAGCCAGAUGUGGUGCAAAGCAUCUGCUUGAGUGCAACUGGAAUCAGGGGCUGAAUGUGGAGAAUUGGCACCUGUAAGAAAGGACCUCCUCAUUCCAGAUGGUCAAGUGCAUCAACAUCAGGAUAUAGAAGUGGCUGAACCACUCCCUGGGCAUGACUACACUUGUCAGGAAGAACCAUCUGGCCUGACACCUGCAGUACAUGAAGAGAAGGUGUGUAUCCCUUUAGGAAUUCACCUUCUCAAUCCUUGUCAUGACCAUCAACUAUACUGACUUCAUGCCUGAAUUCAAAGAGAAGCAGACACCAGAGAUAAAGCACUACUCCUGGAUUUGCAAGCUGGUAGAAUUAUCUCAUGAGAGUGCUGUAAUAAUUUUCAGCAACAUUAGAGAUCUAAUCUUUGAUGGCAUAUAUAAAUUCUGGAAAUAUAUCUGCAACACUUUAGUUUUUGGUAGAGGCUUUAAGCCUUUGACCACUUGUAUAUGUCAUGAAAGGUUAGUUCUGCUUGCCACAGAAUACUUGACCAUCACUAAGUUGCAAAACUGUUACACCCAUCUGACCAGCAGUAGCACCAGUAAAUCUGGAGCAUCCUAUAAGUAGAUCAAAGAGGUGGUUGAUCAUGGCUGCAAGUGGACUCUCAGCAGUUGGGAUGUGGAUUACCCUCUGCUGUAGCAUCAAAUCCAUCCUGUGAUUAUUCUCAUCAUCCUAUCACCUUCAUCACCAGUGCUCUUCACUGCCAAUUGCAUCGAGCUCUUUUGGUUUGAUAUUUUGAUUGAUGAGAACUUGAAACUGCUUUUAGAAGUCAACUAAACUCCACAGCCCUUCUGUUGUUCGACAGAUGUAUUAGUGAAGAGAAAACUUGUCCUUGAUAUUACUGAAUCUGUUCUGGCUGAUCCCCAAGCAGGCAACUUUGUUCACAUUUUUCCUUUCAAUUAAGCUACCUUUGAGCUUUCAAAAAUGAAUAAAUAUCAAAAGAUAAUCCAAGAUCUCCAGAGACUAGUAAAUACAUAA